AUAUUAUUUUUUCUUCACUUUAUUUUCUUCAAAAUACAUCGAUACAUCAAUACAAACAACAACAACGACGGAAAGCAUACAAUUUACAUCGAUGAAGACCAAAUGCUUCAACGGACAAUUAUUUGCAAACGAAUCUUCGUUCUUACAAAGAAUUGAUCGUAAUGUCAUUCAUGUUGUAAAACCACCACCAUUAUUAACUCAUCAUCAUCAUCAUCAUCAUCAACAAAAACAGCUGAAAACAAAUCAAAAUGUUUGCCAUUGGUUAUUGUUUGGCUAUUGCAUAACAAUUUCAAUCUUUAUGUUCAUCAUUUCGAUAUCUAAUGCUCAGCCAACAUCUUUGUCAACACCAUUGAAUUGUAGCAAUGCCAAACAAUCUGAAUUAAUAGCCAACAAUGCUGGUCAUUCUGUUGGUUUAACAUUAGGUAAUCUUCAUCAUCAUCAUCAUCAUUUAAAUCAUACAUCAUUGUCUGACAAACAAUCGGAAAAACCACCCAUUAUAAUUGGAUAUUUAACCAAUUUUUAUGGAAGACAUAGUUCAAAUAGACAAGGAUUAGUCAUAUCUGGUGCAAUAUCAUAUGCCAUUGAUUAUAUUAAUGAACAAAGAUCCGAGCUAUUAGGUGGCCGUAAAUUGAAAUUAUUAUACAAUGAUACAUCGGCCAUAUCGAUCAAUGGUACGGCAGCUAUCAUUUGGCAAUGGCGUUCAGGAGCUGUUGCAUUUUUUGGUCCAGAAGAUACUUGUGAAGUUGAAGCAACAAUUGCGGCUGCAUUAAAUCUACCAAUGAUCUCAUAUAAAUGUGCCAAUUCAGCUGUUUCGAAUAAAGCAUUCUUUCCAACAUUUGCACGUACACAUCCACCAGAUGUGAUUGUUGUACGUUCAGUGUUGGCAUUAUUACAAUAUUUUCAAUGGCAAAAAUUCGGUAUUGUUUGGUAUAAACGUUCGGAAAAAUUUGCACCCGUAGUAUCGACAUUACGAUCAAUGGCAGCUGAAAAUGAUUUUGAAGUUACUGUUGAUUAUCCAUUUGAUGAUGAAUUUGAAUGUUGUAUAUAUCAGAAACAAUGUUGUGGAAAAAUUUGGUAUGAUCUGGUGGAAAAAACAUAUAAACGUACCCGUAUCUAUGUAUUUAUUGGUGGUCCAUCAUUAUUACCACGUUUUUUAUUAACAUUAAAAUCAAGAGGAUUAUUAGAGAAUGGUGAUUAUGUUGUCAUUUCCAUUGAAUUAGAUGAAGAUUAUGUUAAUAAUAAUGAUCGAUCAUAUACAAUCAAUCAACGUAAUGAUCUUCCGGAACAUGAAUUGAAUGCAAUUUAUGAUGCAACACGAUCAUUAUUGAUUAUAAGCCGUAGUUAUCCAGCAUCACCAAAUUAUAAUACAUUUGUUGAUAAAGUUCGUGAAUAUAAUAAAUUACCACCAUUCUGUUUACGUGAUCAUAUGGCAUUUAAACGUCAUAUUACAUAUUAUGCAUCAUAUCUAUAUGAUGCUGUAAUUCUUUAUGCUGAAGCACUAUCACAGGUUUUCAAAGAAGGACUUACAGAAUAUGAUGGUAAAAAUAUAGUGGAAAAAAUUAUUUCCAGGCGACGAUAUCAAUCAAUAACAGGUGCAUGGAUGAAUAUUGAUCAAAAUGGUGAUGUACAAGGUAAUUAUACCGUACUUCAACCGAUAUCAAUUAGUUCGAUCAACACAUCCGAUACAACGACUACGAUAGCAACAGAAAAACGUUCAAUAGAUGGAAAUCAUCAUCGUCGUUUACCAUUACGAUUACAACCGGUUGGAUUAUUUGAAUAUGAUUCAACAUCAAAAAAUGUUGAAAAGAUCUCAUUUGUUCCAACAAAUCCAAUUGAUUGGGUACGGCCGGGACAUGUACCGUUGGAUGAGCCACCAUGUGGUUUUGAUGAUACUGCCUGUGAUAAAAGUAAAGAUGCAAAGAUUCGUGAAAUAAUUACAGCCAUAUUAAUGGCAAUAUUUGUUGCUACUUUAAUCAUUAUAAUUAUAACAUAUCGUGGCUGGAAAUAUGAACAAGAAAUCGAUGGUCUAUUGUGGAAAAUAUCACGUGAUGAUGUGAUUGUUGAACAAAAAUGUAAACAUUUUUCAUCAUCAACAACAAGCUGUGAUAGUAUUAUAUCAUUAUCCGAUGAUUAUAUUGUUCGUGAAAAAGAUUCAACAACAAAUAAUAGUGAUGCAUUAAGCUCAAAAGAUGAUUAUGAAAUAACCUAUAGAGGUGUAUUGGUCAGUUUUAAAGUGUUGAAAUUUAAUAAGAAAAAUUCUGGCAACCCUUUUGAUUAUCUAACACGUGAAAAUAAAAUGGAAAUGAAAUGGCUUAAAGAAAUGCAUCAUCAAAAUAUCAAUGUAUUUAUUGGUGCCACAAUACAUGAAUUGUUUCCACAUAGUGUACUAUUAUUAUCUGAAUAUUGUGCAAAAGGAUCAUUACGUGAUGUACUUGAGAAUGAAGAAAUACGUUUGGAUGAAGAAUUUCUAUCAUCACUUGUUCAUGAUAUUAUGUGUGGUCUAUCUUAUCUACAUCAUAGUGAUUUAAAAUGUCAUGGAAAUUUAAAAUCAACAAAUUGUCUGGUUACAUGUAGAUUUGUUGUGAAAUUGAAUGAUUUUGGUCUAUUUUCAUUCCGUAAAGAAGAACCUGAUGCACAGAUUGCAUUGUAUAAUAAAUUAUGGCGACCACCGGAAACUUUAAGAAAUCCAGAUGUUAUUGGUCCAGAAGGAGAUUUAUAUUCAUUCGCUGUUAUUGUGCACGAGAUUGCCAUUCGAAAGGGACCGUUUGCUAUAAAACUUAUCAAUGAUGAAAUAUUAUUUGAAGAAUUGCAGAAAAUUGUUGAUGAAGUAAAAGCUGGUCCAACAUCUGAUGGCCGUAUAAGACGUCCAGAUACGACAAUCACUGAUUUACAUGAUGAUACAAUUGAAUUAAUGAAUCUCUGUUGGAGUGAAGAUCCAAAAACACGGCCAACUAUUGAUGCAUUACGAAUUAUGGUGAAAAAUGCUCAAAAAUUUCGACCACCACCCGAAAAUCUUGUUGAAAAUAUGGUCAAAAUGAUGGAAGUAUAUCAGAAUCAACUGGAAGAUCUUGUCCAUAAACGAACACAACAAUUGGAUGAAGAGAAACGAAAAACGGAAACAUUAUUAUAUCAAAUGUUACCGGAAAGUGUUGCAAGACAAUUAAUAACUGGAGAAACUGUUAUACCGGAAACAUACGAAACUGUAACAAUAUUUUUCUCCGAUAUUGUUGGUUUCACUAAACUAUCGGCUACAAGCACUCCAAUGGAAAUUGUCACAUUUCUUAAUGAUCUUUAUUGUCUAUUCGAUUCGAUUGUUUCUCAUUAUAAUGUCUACAAAGUUGAGACUAUUGGUGAUGCAUAUAUGGUCGUUUCAGGAUUACCAAUUCGUUAUGAACAUCAUUAUACGGAAAUUGCAUCAAUGGCAUUGGAAAUAUUGGAAGCAAUCAAAACAUUUCAAAUUCGUCAUCGUCAAAAUCAAUAUUUACAGCUUCGUAUUGGUAUACAUACAGGUCCAGUUGUGGCUGGUGUAGUCGGUACUAAGAUGCCUCGCUAUUGUCUAUUUGGUGAUACGGUCAAUACAGCAUCACGAAUGGAAAGCAAUGGCGAAGCUCUUAAGAUUCAUAUGAGUCCAGAAUGUCGUAAUCUUCUUGAACCAACUAAACAAUUCAUUAUUCGUGAACGUGGAUUUGUUACAUUGAAAGGCAAAGGAGAAGUGAAAACAUAUUGGCUUUGUGGACAUGUGGAUGGACCACAACUUCGUUUUGAUCGUAGUAAAUUCACCUAUGUUGAUUCACCAUGGAUACAGAAAGAUCACAAAUCACCGAUUACGACAAUUUUCCAGGAUAUUAGUUCAACAAGAAAAGGUUCACUUGUCAAUCAUAAUGAACCGAAUUUGGCUAAAUUUUAUAAAAAAGCUAUUGGUGGUGGUGGAUUGAAUACGUCGUUUUCACGUCUAAAAAGUGCACACAGUAGUUCUUGUAAUACAUUUCGACCAAAAGUGGAAAAUCAUCUUAGUCCAAAAAGUAUAAAAAAGAAUUGGCCAUUCCGUAUAUUUAAUCAUAAAUCACGUUCAAGUUCAACUAAUCAACCGGAAAUUGAACAACAACAACAAAUGAACAAUAUUCCAAUGGUAGAUACAUCAAAACCGAAAAGCCCAAAAUUUAUAAUCAAAUCAACUAGUUAUAAUAUAAUUGAAGCUGUAAACACCAAGAUUAUUCAUGAUCAUCAUCAUCAUUAUUCUCCUCAUAAUCAACCACAUGUUAAUCCUAUUUAUUCAGAUAAUCAUCAUCAUCAUCAUCAUAAUGAUGAUGAUCCAAUCGAACAAAAUGAUAAUACAACAAGUGAUCAAGAAGAUUAUCAUUUACAUAAUGAACAUUGUGAAAAUGAUGAUGAUGAAAUUGAAAAUGAACCUUUAUUACGAAAAUAUCGUAAAUUAAAUAACAAUAAAAAUACGGGAAGAAAAAGUAGUCUACAAGAAGAAGAUGAUGAAAAUGAUGAUUGUGAUAAUUCAUCCGAUAAUGGUUUGAAUAUGAUGAUGAUGAUGAUGACAAAUUCUGAACAAAAAAGGCCAAAUGGAAUAGUCAUUUCAAUUGAUAAUGUAGAUAAUAAUGAUGAUGAAGUAUUGAAUCAAGUUGUUAAUUCACCAUAUAGACAACAACAACAAAACAAGCAACAGCAGCAGCAACAACAACAACAAGAACAAAUAUUAAAUGCUUAUCAUCGUAAUCAAAAUCAUCAAAUCGAUAUUACAUAUUGAAUAUGACAAUAACGAAAAUCCAAUAGAUUCAGAUAUACCGAUUUCUAGUCAAAUUGCAAUGUCAUUUUUUUAUCUCUAUCCCCCUGGUUCCUUCUCCACUAAAAAAAUAUCACCACAUAUAUUAAGGUGACCAAAAUUGUCUUUCAUCAAUAAUAAUCAUCAUCAUCAUUGACACAGAGAAAGAAAACUAUUCAAAAAGAAUCGUUUCACUUCUUCAUGACCUGUAGGUGUGACCACCAAUAAUCGACGUGAUGAAUUCUCGAAUAAUAUGACGCCCAGAUUCUAUUUUU